AUGAAAAAAGGAAAAAUAUGUGAUGUAGGUGGAUAUACAAAUAAGCCAACUUACAUGCAUAGGGCUGAAAUUUUUAAACGCAAUCCAGACAAAGAAAUGCAAUAUGGCAUCAAACUGUGGGAUGUACCUUUAGGAUUUAGAAAUAAGGAUAUUAAACAAGAAUUAGAAUUGAAAUUUAAAGAAAUUACAAGAAUUUCUUUAAGAGUAAAUAACAUGUGGAAAGAUUCUCUCAGAGUAACACAAUUAGAUCAAAUAAUUGAUAAUCUUAAAUCACGUAUUCAAUAUGCAGCAAGGGUAAUCAGUUUGCCCAGUGGUAUUACAGCAAGAGAAUUGUGGUCACACAUUGAAAAAUUGGAAGCAAAAAUUUGUUACUUUUCAAGAACAAGAAACUACAGGAAGAAAGGUGAAGCUAUUAUCUCUUUUCAAGAGGAAGAAGCUUGUGAGAAUGCUUACAAUGCAAUAUGGGAAGGUGGUGAUCUCAAUAUUAGAAUUGUAAAUAUUCAAACAAAAACAUGUCAUCGUUGUCAUGAAACAGAUCACUUUGUUGCUAAUUUCCCUCGUAGAACUCAGGACCACGAAUACAAAAACAAAGCAGCAGAGAGAAUAGAAAAAUUUGAUGCAAUAUACAAACAAUACAAUCCAAAAUAUUUUAAAAAUAUUAAUAUAUUAGUUGGAGGACAAACACUAGAAAGAAUUGAACAAGUUUUGAACGAACUUUGCGAACGUUUAGAAAUCCUAGAACAUCAUAUGACAAACAGAAUUGAAACAAUUGAAACGAGAGUAGGAUCAACAUUGACUUUCUCUGGACCACAAAUUUCUGAAAGCAAUAUUGCCACACAUAAUGUAAGGGGUUUCAGAGAUUAUAUUAAACGCGAACUUUUAUAUAAUCAUAUUAAAACGAGUAAAAUAGAUAUUAUGGGUAUCGCAAAACAAAUUUUUAAAGGAAGAGCAAUACGCGUGGAUAUGGUACUACCAAAAAAAACCACAAUACGAAUAAUACAAAUAUACUUAUCAAGUAAAAAAUGUGAAAAUGAAGAAGUAAUGGGAAAAAUCAAAAACUGGAUUAUACAGGCACAACAAAAAAACUACAAGUUAAUUGUAAUGGGAGAUUUCAAUGUAGUCUCUUCACCAAAUAUAGACAGAAACAAUAAUAGCCAAUCACAGAUACCAGAGAAUAAUUCAACUGCUAAAAGUCGCAUUGAUGCAAUACGGAUGUCAGAAAAAUGGGGAGAAAAAAUGGAAUCGUGUUAUGUUGAUAAUUUAAAAUUAAUAACAGAAAGUGAUCAUAAGCUGGUAGACCUCAAAGUUAGGAGUAAUUGGCAAAUCCGUGAAGAAAAAACUGAUAUUAUAAAUAAUGGUCCUAGAUAUAAUAUUAAAAUAAUGUGUGAAGAAAAAUGGUUAAAAUUUACAGAAUAC